CGGUCGUGCGACUCUUAUUCUCUGGCCGGCAAUGGCGUGUGUUUCCCGGGGUUUACUGAGGACCUGCCUCGCGGAGGUCAAGCUUCUGGCGCCUCUUAUUGUGUUAUUGUUACUUGUCGCGUGUGCUGCCACAGUCCUGGCCAGCAGCGGGAACAAUGGCACCCUUCAGAAAUCCACGUGUAACCAGCCUGAUUGCCUGCGGUGCGACCUGGAGACAGCAGAGUGCGUCAAGUGCCUGUACGUGAUGAUGGUGGCCACCCGUCUCUGUAGUUCUUCCUGUCCCCCUGGCCACUCCACCAUCUGGCCUCCCCACCCACCUCUCAUGGGCCGCAUCUGUACAGAGCGGAGUAUGCUGGCGCUGGUGUCUGGUCGCGACCUGACCAUCAUUGCUGGUGCUGCAGUAGGCGGGGCAGUGUGUGUGGGCGUGGUCAUAGGGGCCCUCCUCUACAUGCGCAGGCGCGCCAAGCCCCCUCCGGACACACCCCCGCCAGACCACGCCCACCACCACCACCACCUCCCCAUCCCCAGAUUAUGGAGGGAUAAGAGACCAAAAACAACAGAAGUGUCGGUGGCGGACGAGGAGAGGACAGAGUUCCUGACGCAGCUUCGGGAGCUCCGAGGAGAGGCCACCAACUUCCUGGAGAUGCUCACCCACACCAGGAACCGCUUCAGGACCUUCCAGGGACCUGACUCGCCCACAGACACCAAGGCUAAGGCUUACAGGGCUGUGGUUCGUGACUUAUCGCGGGUGCUGACGCUGCUCAACCGUCGGGAGGAGCACAUCGUGACGGUGCCCGGGGACUGGAGGAGGCUGUUGUCCUGGGCCGCGAGAGUCCUCGCCAGGUACAAGAGGCAGAAGGCUGCGAGAGAGAGCGGAGAGAUGCCAUCCCUGGAGACGGUGCCUGCUGGCGGGACGCUGUACCAGACCCGGCGCCAGGCCCAAGCUGAACGGUGUCGACUCGUCGCUCAGGGCACUCCCACCGUCUCUGCUUCCUCCUCGCAUCCUUAUCAUGCCUCUAGGGACAGCCAGCAAGAACAAGAGUCUCUCUCUUUGUCGUACAGUGAUGACUUGCUGAGCCACAUGGGGUCAAGGACGACCUCGCUCAUGAGCCUUACUCCUAUAAUUCUGGAGGAGAACGAGGACGAGGACGAUGGAUUGUUCGAGGACGACGUUGAGACCCACUUCGAAGAUUUUAAUUUCAACACUAGCAUGACGUCACAAUACCACUCGGAUGUUGACUUCCACGUCACCAACGAGGAGAUGCUGAGGAGAGAUGAAGUCAACAGGGAAAAUAACAACAAUACCACAACGCAGAUGAAUCACAUGAAUCACUUCAACAAUAUCCAGAAAGACAAUUCCCAAACCUCGCCAACCAUCGCGGAGAAAAUAAUGAAUAUAAAGAACAUGGAGCGUUUAUUAGAGGGCAGCGAGAACGGUAAACACAUCAUAUCUGACGUCCCCCGCCACCACCAGCACGGGACUCAGAGACCUCCGGGGAAAGCGUAUCACUCAGAAAAUCCCAAAAAUCUAGAGCAAGUGAAGAAUGAGCAGCUUCAGCUGCUUGAGAGUGACACGAUAAAUGCUGUGUUGUCAGGUGAGGACAUGUAUAUCAACAUCGUCAGAAAGCCAGUCAUGGUGGGCCUGGUGCUGGCUGGGGACCCAUUGCGGGACGAUACCUUGGAUCAUGUCGAAAAUCGUAGACGUGGAACUCAACAGAUUGGCAGCAAGAAUAACACAGCUGUCAGCUGCAAGGCGCAGGCUAGACGCCACCUGCCAGCACCUAGAUGUGAGCUGACCACAGAGCUUUAGGAGCGAGAAUUAUAUAUUAUCGUGACAGAGUAGACCAAAAAAUCCUUCAACGUAAGGAUUAAUCGACGCUUCAAACCAGGGAUUUAGUGCUGGUUAAUCAAGAGAGAGAGAGCGAGGGAGAGAGUCCAAGGUAGACUCAGAUAUAGUCUCAAAUAUAGAGCAAGCCAUUAUAUUAAUUAAUGAGCAUUAGUAACUAAUGGAGACUAGAUAUCUUGUAUUCCUCACUCGUCAUAAAACGUUCUUCCAAUACAAUAUGUAAUGCAAAUGCGAAAGGUUUAAUAUCAUUAUUUGUACAAGUGCAGCAAAGUGAACAAUGGUGCAAGACCCAGGAGGAGCAAACACCCCACGCACUGGAUAAUCCAGCACACCUCACCGCCUCUGUCAUCACAAGCAGAUAUACUCUGCUAUAUUUACAUUACAGUCUGAAGUUAGUCUAAAACUCAUAGGUUCAGCACGUACCUCACAGUACGCAUGUAGGCACCUGUGUGACUGGCUGCACCAAGCUGAGAGGUGAUGGUAACACACUGACAAUGCACUAACACAACAUGAACACAGAGUUGCUCUCUCAGGCAUAUCAUUGAAAAUUUCAUUUUCUUUUUAAAUAAUACCUCUGGGUAAUGCAAUUGCAUCACUGAUAAAGUGACUGUGUAUUUCUGCAUAUAUUUUUGUUAAGCAUGUAAUCGUAUUGUUUAAUAUCUCUGUUUAUAGAAUGUAUAUAUAAUAUACAGUACAUGUAUUUUUAUAUUUUUAGAUACGCCGUGUCCAUAAACAGUGGAUAGACAGAUUUCAACAGUACAAACCUGUAUAAAUAUAGACAUAUAUAUUAAUUCUCAUCAUAUAUUGGUUCAUCUGUAAGCUUGGUGUUGAUUGGCCGACGACACACCUAGUGAAGCCACUCGUCUACCAGACCUGUACACACCAUACCAUAGUUCAUUACCCCGCCACAACACGUCAAUAACCGUUGUUGUUGUGGCCAGCCAUUCUAACGUGCGCUAGUGUAUAUUAUUAUUUGUUUUAAGUGCAACACUUAACAACAUUAAAAGUGAUUUUUAAUCCUUGUAAAUAUUUAAAAGAAUUAUAAAUAUAACUUGAAACCUACCUUGUUACUUGGCAAGAUGGGUAUGAAUGAUUAAAUAUUUCUAGCUACGUUAUACUUUUUAAGUAUACAUAAAUGACAUUGAAAUGAAUAUGAGAGGUUGAAUUGUGUGCUGUAAUCGCAUUUAUAAUUAUACAAGAAUUGAAUUUUAGCUUUCAUCUUGAGGCAUUUAUGUGACACUUCCAUAAGGCUUUAACCAUAAAGAUUUAUGUACUAUAUUUAGCCUUGACUCUCACUGUAGCCAUCAUCAUUCAUCAGGCUCCUCUUCCAGCAUUCUUCACCUCCUCUCAUUUUGUUGUUCAUUAGCACAAGUUUCCUAUCUCAGCAAUAUUUACAACUCAAAAUGUUGCAUUUACCAGCAUCAUCCUCUUAUAUUUGUCUAAUUUAUUCUAACACAGUUUUGUGCUCUUAUUUCCUGUCUCAUCUACAUCUCAUUGUUCAAAUGUCUUCCUUUCUCUCCCAUUAUUCCAUAUUCGUCUUCCCAUCUACAUUUUUAUCAUUUUUUUGUGUGUUUCUUUCUGACUGCUCCCUCAUUCUUCUCCUCCUCGUUCCAUAGACUUGCUCUCUUGGAGCUGUGUCCUCCCUCCAUACCUGGUCACGUUACAUCCUACCAACCUCUCAACGGUUAUUACAACCACCACGACAACAGCUGACUACACAGCAAGUACACAUUAUUAAAAAAAGUAUAUAUAUAUAUAUACCAUAAAGGGGGGUACAAUUCUCGGUGUAUGUCCCCUGUCUACUCUGUCUACCCUGUCUACCUUGCUAGUAAUCCUAAGGCUCUUAAGUCGCUCCAGUUCUCUUCAUGUCUUCUCUACAUUGUUUUCCUGACCAGACAUUCCAACUCCCUAACCUGAACAUCUUUAUGUGUACCUUUUUCUCUCAGGUUUGUUCACGUAUAUAUAAUAUUUGUAUUUAUAUUAUGGUACUAUAUCCAGCUCAGAGUAUCUAACCUCAUUCUAGUUUAACUUCAAUAAAGAUGAUCUAACUAACACAGAAUAGCUUACUCGAAUUUAUUGACUAAACAUUAUCUGCAUUUAUAUACUGUAUAUAUAUAGUAGCAAAGGAAAAACUGAAAGUAGGAUUUAUUUGAGCGCUUUCGUGUUAAUCAAGACGUUAUCAAAAGUACAAACAAUGAAGUACAACUCUUGCAUCUAGAGGCAAGACGGUGACGUGAGAGGUACAAGACAAUAUUACUGUACUUCUGGCUCAUGAACACAAACACAAUAUGUACAUCAAAAAGUGUCAAGCAAUGCUCAACGUACAUAAAAUUAGCAUUGAGAAAUUCACUCAAAAAAUGUGUUACGGUUAUCAUAUUUUUUCUGUUUGAAAAUAUUGUCAAGACCUUGAAUCAUUUUUAUGUACAUGUGGUGUUUAAUUAUGAAAACAAUAUUGGAAAAUUAUUAGAGAAACAGCCCUUGUAGUGAUAACUGUGUCAUUUACCAAAUAUCCUGUAAAGAUUGUAAUACAUUCUAUAUAGGUCAAACAUCUAGAUUUGAAAUUCAGAAUUUUGCAGCAUAAAUAUUCUGUAAGAAGUGGUCAAUAAUCUAAUGCAUUAUUUGUUCAUUAGUUAGAAAAUUAUCAUCAAAUUGAUUGAGUAUUCUUCCUAAGUAACAAAUUGCAAAAGUUUCAUUAUUGGAAUUUCAAUAAUUUUUCAAUAGAAACAUUAUUGAAUCUGCUUUAUUACAAAUUACAAAACCAUACAGUAUGAAUAUUAGUGAUGGUUUGUACAAUUUUGAUACAUUUUAAUGGAUCAAUUAAAACACCAUCUUUGUAAGAUGAUUGACACAGAUAUUCCAUUAAGGCUUCUGGGAACUCACAUUUAUUCUUCAUUAGAUCUACAGUUUCAUCUUGUUCUUAUGCAUUAGCCAUUAGGCCUUCUGCGGCUUCUUCUUAUUCUUAUAUUCAUGAACCAAUAUUACAAUGACAUUGUAUUACACCUCAUACAUCUUCCUGUCUAUAUAUUAAAUUUUCAGUGUUUGUACUUUGUAUGUGUUUAUUAACGCGAAAGUACUCAAGUCAGCUCUGGUUUCAUUUUUCUUUUGUGGUUAAAUAUUUUCACAUUAUUCACAGUGUUUAUAUCUUCGUGAUUUACACACACACACACACACACACACACACACACACACACACACACACACACACACACACACACACACACACACACACACACACACACACACACACAUUAUAUAUAUAUAUAGGUAGAGUACAAGUGCAGAUGCAAUUACCUCAGUCCCAGAGUUCAUUUUGACUUAAUAUUACGUUACCUCAGUGUGUGUAAGCCAAGGUUCUUACACGAGUUAGAUUCCGCCUUUAAAUAAGCUUCAGUUUAGAUACGUAAGCCUCAACUGUAAGUGAUCUAGCCCCAGACCUAGACGAACUAGCAUCAACCAGAUGAACUAUCCUUAACUAGAUGAACUAACCUCAACGAGAUGAACUAGCCUCAACUAGAUGAACUAGCUGACCUAGCCUCAACUAGAUGAACAAGCUGACCUAGCCUCAACUAGCUGAACUAGCCUCAACCUAGUCACCAUAAACAUAACACCAGCAACCAAAGAAUUAAAUAACAUAUUUAUAUGGAGAAUAUUUUAUCUUGU